GCGGGUGGGCGCGGGCACGGGGCCGGGGCCGGGGGGGAGCCGAGCGGGAGGGGCCGGGGGCAGCGGGGCCGCCAUGAGCGCUGCGCUCCCCCUGCGCACCGAGCCGCCCUCGGCAGCCGCCGCCUGCGAAUGAAGUGAGGCGAGGCCGGGCCCCUUCCUCCUCCUCCUCCUCCUCCUUCUCCGUCUCCUCCUCCUCCUCGCCCGGCCUCCCCGCCGCGCACCUCGGAGAGCCGCCGGUGCCGUCUCCGCCGCGGCCCGGAGCCGGGGCACUGCUGUUGUCGUACUGUACAGAUUCGUCCUCCUCUAAGGAAAAAACAACGGGAGGUUUACAUUCACCAAUAGAUGCACCGAACUGAAGGCAAGUCAUCAUGGGAGCAUUUUUAGACAAGCCAAAGAUGGAGAAGCAUAAUGCCCAAGGGCAAGGGAAUGGGCUUCGUUACGGUCUGAGUAGUAUGCAAGGCUGGCGAGUUGAAAUGGAGGAUGCACAUACAGCUGUGAUUGGUUUGCCAAAUGGACUUGAUGGAUGGUCAUUUUUUGCUGUAUAUGACGGGCACGCUGGAUCCCAGGUUGCCAAGUACUGCUGUGAGCAUUUAUUAGAUCACAUCACAAGCAACCAGGAUUUUAAAGGGCCAGAUGGGCCCCCAUCUGUGGAAAGUGUAAAGAGUGGCAUCAGAACAGGUUUUCUGCAAAUUGAUGAACACAUGAGAGUCAUCUCCGAGAAGAAACAUGGUGCAGACAGAAGCGGGUCAACAGCUGUGGGUGUCAUGAUUUCUCCCCAACACACAUACUUCAUCAACUGUGGAGACUCGAGAGGUUUACUUUGUAGAAACAGGAAGGUUCACUUCUUCACGCAGGAUCACAAACCGAGUAAUCCACUGGAGAAAGAGCGUAUACAGAAUGCAGGUGGCUCUGUAAUGAUUCAGCGUGUGAAUGGUUCCCUCGCUGUUUCAAGGGCGCUUGGAGACUUUGAUUACAAAUGUGUCCAUGGGAAAGGUCCUACAGAACAGCUAGUCUCACCCGAGCCUGAAGUUUAUGAAAUUGAGAGAUCAGAAGAAGAUGAUCAAUUCAUCAUCCUGGCUUGCGAUGGUAUCUGGGAUGUUAUGGGAAAUGAAGAGCUGUGUGACUUUGUAAGAUCCAGACUUGAAGUCACUGAUGACCUUGAGAAAGUUUGCAAUGAGAUAGUUGACACCUGCUUGUACAAGGGAAGUCGAGACAACAUGAGUGUGAUAUUGAUCUGUUUUCCGAAUGCACCAAAGGUAUCACCAGAGGCGGUGAAAAGGGAGGCAGAGUUGGACAAGUACCUGGAAAGCAGAGUAGAAGAGAUCAUAAAGAAGCAGGGUGAAGGAGUACCAGACUUAGUCCAUGUGAUGCGUACGUUAGCAACUGAGAGCAUCCCAAACCUCCCGCCAGGGGGUGAAUUGGCAAGCAAACGGAGUGUGAUUGAAGCUGUUUAUAACAGACUGAACCCCUACAGGAAUGAUGAUACUUCUGGAUUAUCCAGAAACUGCUGUAACUAUGGGCACUCCAGACUUUAAAGGGUUCCUUCUUUUUUCUUUAAGGAUUCUGCCUCAACUGAUGAUAUGUGGUAAAACUGCUCAUCUAGCUGUGGAGUUCAUGUUUCAUCCUUCAAAUGAAAGUGCAGCCCAACCUCAGUGACCCUUCUUAACAUCCAUCCUCAAUAUUAAUUAAAGAAGGGAAUAUGAUGUGUUGGUGAGAGUGACUACAGCAGAAAACUACAGCAGUACGACAUCUAGCCCAGGAACUGAUCUUUUUUGUAAAACAGACUUCUGUAAACGUGAUUUCAAACCAUAAUUCAUGUUGUAAAUCAGACUCCAGCAAUUUAUGUUGUAUGAUUUUGUUUUUGUAAAGUGCAAUUGUCUUUGUACAAAAUGCUCAUAUUUAAUUAUGAAUUGCUUUAAAUCACUAUAAAGGUUAGAAGAAAUGUUUGGCUUGUGUGAUGCAACAAUAUAUAUAUACCCUUUAAAUUCAUGUUGUGGUUUUGGAUUGCAAGGAGCAGCAGCCUAGCCAGCUAGGUGCUCAAGAGGUGCACAAAACUGUAAAGAUAACUUCUCGUUUUACACGAAAGCUGAACUCAUGGGCAACUUGCCAGGAAUCAGUGUGUGAAUUUGCUCGGCAAAGGAAGAACAGCAAAGAGUAGUGCACUUUCUUCAACAAACGUAUCUCAUUUUCUUGGAGGCACUCCUGCUCUCACAUUGAGUUAAAGGGAGUUCCGAUUUUGACUUCAGUGGGAGUUGAAUCAUGCCCUAUUAAUAGUAUCGUGUUCAUAUGCGUAUGAACCUUGGGAUUAGAAUGCCUUGAUUCUUUGCACCUCUUUUUUCAUUAACCCUUACCUGAAACUACUAAUCACUGAGCACGAACAGGCAGCUUUCUACAUACAGUAGGAGUCUGCAGCAUUUUUACAAUACUGAUUGGCUGGGUCUGCUGCUGUUCCAAGUAAAAUACUCUGAAUUCCAUUUUAUCAAUAAAGCUUGGUUUAACAAACAAGAAAUUUAUCCAUAAAUGUGUAAUUCCUUUUUUCCUGCCUUUUGAAAUGUCAGUGCCAUUGUAAAUGAUAUUUUACAUGUGGAAGAAUAUUUUUAUUAAUUGGUAGCCCAUUUUUAAAAUGGGAAGAAUUUUAAUUACUGCCCAAGACAUAGCCAUAUGCUAGAGGAUGAAGUGGGAUUAAUGUUACCCUAUUUUUUACGAGUGUGGGUUUUUUCAGGCUUUUUUUCUCCCCACUGAAGAUGUGCAUUGGUUUGAAUUUGCCUACUGUUUGAUAAAAAUACAUUUGUCAAAGCCUGACAAUCUUUAAUGUUUUAUGGUGUGUGUUUUUAAUUGACCCACUUACUUAGAAUGAGAGACUAGUGGUUAAACAGUACUUGUGAUUUGAGAUAUAGCAUGUUGACAAUAUUUAACUGUUCGUUGUUUAAAAUUCUAAUUUAAAAUUUUAUAAGAUAAUAAACUAAUUUGAUUUAAGCCUAGCUUUCUCCCAUUGAACAUGCAAAAUUAAGUUUUCAAGUCAGUCGUGUUUGCAAAACUGCUGUUUUGUGCACCUUGUAUUGUCUUUUUGGUUGAGAAUAUUGUAUUUAAUAUGUAGUUUACUCAUUUAGUAGGCAGAUUCCCCAAAAGGAAAAUCAGUAAAACAAGUAGAUUGUAACAUUUACUGCGGUUAAACAGAAUCAAGACGUGGUGUAUAAUUACUUUUUGAUAGGAAAAUGUAGUACAAUGCAUUUUGCUAUAUUUGUCUUUCCCUAACUUUGAAAUAUACAUAUUUGUAUAUAUAGCCUUAAAACUAAUGCAGAGUUAGGGAACACUGAACAGUGAAAAAGUAACUUAUAGUGUCUUGGAACUAAGUAUAGUAUAUACCAGCAAACUUUUCUUUUAUCCCUCUUGUCUAUGUGGGGUGCUUAAAACGUAACUUCAUUGUAUUCAGUUUGUAAUCUGUUCAAGCAUGAAUGAAGAAAACAUAAGCACUAUUUGUAUUUAUAAAUUUAUAGCAAUUUUUGCUUAAAGAACCAGUUCCUUACCUACCUAUGAAUAAAUGCUUAAAAUGUCUAA